GACUUGCACAUCGUGUUGCAAUCCAUUCCUGAGACAGUGAGAGCACGGGCGGACAGAAAAUCUUUUCUGUGAGAAUUUAUGCUAGCCUGUUCAGCCUGAUGCAGUUUUCGUUUCACUUGUAACGUCCAUGUGUGUCACGGAGCGUUGUAGUGUAAUAUAGAAUAGGAUAAUGUUGUAAAUACAUUGUGUGCGAUUACCUGUUGUGCGUAUAUCUGAAACUCAUUUGCAUUCUCGUGACUGGGCAAAUACGGCACUGACCAGGCUAGGCCAUUUCUCGCGCUGCCGUCACCAUGCACAGACGUGAAAUCCUUCGUCUCCCUCUCGAUGGCGGAAUAAUUCCAGGUUAUGCACAAGCACCAAAGCUGCCCAGCUACUGAUUCAAGGCCUUGGUCAAGGACGAGAUGACGGGAAAGGAAACAGAGGAAAUGCUCCUAGUCGUGGAUCUGUCUGUGGGAAAGUAUGCUCUUACUAAAUUGCGGGGCCACGAAGAUCAUACAGCGAGGGGAAAUCCAAGGAUCUAGGACACUAUGAUAUUCCACUAUCCUUGGGACAUGGAAGCCCGACCUGACGCUGCACAACUUAAAGGCAGACAAGGAGCUGGCAGAAGGUAUGUGGGCUGUGAUCUUCCCCACCAACCUCUGCAUGCUUGGAGAGCACAGAUCGUUCACGUCAAGCCGCCGCCGGACACACCCUCAUCCGGUCCCGGUAGAGCUGUGGGCAGGGGCCAGGAAGUGAACCUGCGCAGUGUGCCUGUGUACAUGCAGCGACCCUCGGCCAAGAAUGGUCAUAACGGGGCACACGAUGGAUGAUGAACCUGACAUGUCAGCCACCCAUCCAUCUGGCCAGGGAUGUACUUCCCCGGGCACUUUCUCUUCUUCUCUUGCAUUAGGGAGCAGACCGUCCACGUCAGGCCACCGCCGGACACACCCUCAUCCCCCGAAACAACCAACGUCUGCAUCCCCAGCCCUGAGACAUCCAUUCCCGGUCCUGGGAGAGCUGUGAGGCCAGUCACACCGCCUGAGACCGACGUGACGGCAGUUCCUGGCACAGCCGAUGCGACGAAGCCAAUGUGAACGUGCUUUUCGAUGUCCAGUAGAGGGACGCAAAAGACAAUAGAGGAUGCAUGAUCGAUACCAAAUGUCAUAAUGUAUCAAGACAUUAGCCAGAGGACCAUCCUUUGACCAAAUUGUUUGAUUGUCUGGAUCCAUCAUAUGUCCUAACUACAAGGACAGAAACGACAAAACAUUUGAGCAUAAAGAACGACAGUCAUUGUAACAUUGUAGUAGUUCAAUUGUAUUGUCACUUAUUUUAUUACACUGGGCUUCUCCAGUAGCCAGGCUUUGAGACUGGAGAAUGAUAGACAGUCUAUAUUGUAAUCGAAACUGAUUGCUGUUAUUUGGUACAUCCAGUUAUCAAACUAACGAGUACAACGGCCAUAUAAGAUUUGUUCAAUGAUUCACUGCUAUACAAUAAUCUCUUAAAUACAAGGGAGGCAUGUAUGGUAUUUAUAGCAGGACAUCUGCAUAGUUUUUGUACAAUAUCCAAUGAUCAUAUGCAACAGGAGUUCCCUGGCUGUACAGCUGUAAUAGAUGACCUAGUACAGGUGUCUCCCACUGCAAGGUCAGAGGUCAAGUCUAAAAGUCUUGACCAAAG